CAAAUAUGUAAAAAUAACAAUGCAUAUCAACAUAAAAUUUUGUUAAAUUUGAAAAAAAUUGAUAACACUAAAUUUUGCAUUUAUUUGGAAAUCAGAAUGUCAAAGUAUUAUUUCCCAAAUUGCUUUUUUAACAUUUUUCAUUGUAAAAUUUAAAGUUUUUUUAAAAAUUAAUUUCUCUAAAAAGCAACCUGAAUUUGUUUUGAUUCUAUAUUAGAUAAAAAAUUCUUACAUUGGUUUAUAAGAUUUAUCAGUGAAAAACGGUAGUCAAUGUGUAUAAAAGAAAUAACAUUAAAAGCAAAGUAACCAAACUUUGAUUUUGAAUAUGUAAUAUUACCCCCCUUUAUGGAACUCUUCUGCGGCGGAGGUUCAAUUAAACUAACAGGAAGUGGAAACCAAACAUGUUGUCUGCUCAGUUGGUUGUAGUCUGCUUGAAUUUGCAGAGGACUUACAGCAACUUGUAAUGGGAGUUGUGGUUGCUUGAUGUUUGUUUAAAAUUGCAGAGGAAUGACAUCUGAUUCAACUUGUAAAUAUGGAAAUCAGUUUGUCUGUAGCUCAGCUUUUUCACACCGAAUGAUACCUGUGGAUAUAUACAAAAAGACCUGGCCAAGACAUAUUAUUCCUAUGACAUGUUGUAAUCUUUCCAUAGAUGCACACCUCCGACAGUUUUCAAUUUGUAGCAGUAUAAAAUCAGAAUCAGAAUUAUUGAAAAUAAGGGGAGGUUUCUUCAGUGAAGAUGAUGAAAUACUUACCAUCUGUCCAAAAUUUAGAUAUGUUCUUGGUGUUGGAUGGAGGUCAAGUAGGAUGUGUUCCCUUGGAUGGACAUGUAAUCAUCAAAGCAAGAGCAAUUCAAAAGGAACCAUAACAAAAGAGCAGCCACUCUUGCUGAAGAAUUAUUAUGAUUGUGUUAUUAGAAUUGGUUCAGGAGUGAGUUCCAAUUGUAGAAAACAUCUUGUAAAAAGGAUGGAAUCAGAUAAGGAGAAUACAAAAGGGGAAAAUGAAGUAGACACAUAUCCAGUUGGUUCUGCUGAAGUUCUUCACAAAGGAUGGGCUUUGAAGUCAAAAUGCGAGUUUAAGUGAUUCACUGAAUCUCAAAAAUCUUUCUUGAAAGUUUGGGGUUGUAGAAAGCAGUGGUCAUAAACUUGACCCAGAAGAUGUAGCCUCCGAGAUGAGAAGAGUGAGAAAUGCAGAAGGAAAGUGCAUUUUCAGAAUUGAAGAGUUCCUUUCAGGAAAUCAAGUUUCCAGCUAUUUCUGCAGAUUGGACUUAAAAAGGAGGAAGAUUCCUGUUGUGAUCAGAUGGUUGGAGAAAAGGACCUAGAAGCUGAAAAUGAUUUGGACAAUUUUAGAAGCUUGGCCACUUUAGCAUUUUAUUAGAACUUCUGAUUCACUAUUUUUAGGCCACCCGAGUCACUCAGGUGACCUUUUGCUAUCUGUAUUUGUCCGUCAUCAUUCGUUGUACAUUGGUUGUUAACUUUUGAACAUUUUUAGCUUCUUUUUUGAAACCACUGAACCAAUUUAAACCAAAGUUAAUAUAUGUACUAAAGUACAUACCAGGUAUAUAUUUAUGAUGAG